AUGCGAUUUAAGGAAUCUCAAUUAAAUGAUACAGGGAACUACACCGUGAGGGUGGACGCUAUCAGUGACACCAGAGAGCACGUGUCUGGCUCGAGAUUCAAAGGGAUUAGCCAAGACGUCACCAUGUCAACACUCCUCCUGAACUUCCUCAUGACGUGGUCAAUCUUGGGCCAUGUCCUCCUCUUUACACUCAUCCUUCUGAGCCUCAUCAGAUGUUACUCCACCAGACAUGGAGGACACGACCUGAUGGGCAAGGAGGUGAGAGCCAGUCUGCUGGCCUGUGGGAUCCGCCAGGCCUCCAGCCAAAUCUACAUCGCCCCGGAUUCACUCAUCGGAGUGGAAAGAUAUUCGAGCUCACUGGCCAUCGAGAACGCCCCUGAAGAUGUUCAGGAAUACAGCUGGCACCGGGGUGCAAAUGACACUGAGGAAAAUCUGAUUAUCAGCUACAAUGCCACAUCUCAUUCCAGGCGGGAUGGGCCCAUGUACAGCGGCCGGGAAAGUGUGUCCGUUAGAGAGUUGGAAAUCCCGCAAAUCUCGGUCAACACCACCUCCGUCGUAGAUUGGGAGGAUGCGGUGGCUGCCACUUGCUACACCAAUGACAGCCACAUCCACUGGUAUGUGAAUUAUGUGCCGGUGUCCAGAAAUUACCGGAUGACCAUCUCCCCGGACAACAAGACCCUCGUCAUCCGAAUGUUCAGCCGCUUCAACUCACCACUUCAGUGCGGGAUAGAAAUUCUCCCAGAGCGCAUUCAGAAAAGUGACCUCGUCUAUGUGACAGUGGCCCAUGGGCCCUACAGUCUGCAGCUCAGCAGCAGUCCCACUGACUUCGGUGGCAUCCUGUCUGCUGAGAUCGGCUCCCAGGUGGAGAUGGAGUGCAUCUCCUAUUCCAGACCAGAAUCCAAGUACCGCUGGAUGCACAAUGGCUCCUUCCUGAGCUUCUCAGAGAAGAACAUCACCCUCCCAAGUCUGACCUGGGACCAGAUGGGCAGAUACAGGUGCAUCGCAGAGAACUCCGCCACCCAGCUGACCUUGUACGAUGAAGUCCACGUCCAGGCACCCUGGCGCUGGCCUGUUGUCAGCAGAACGUUCACCAUCUCAGGAUCCUUGUUGAUGUUUCUCAUCAUAUUCACAGUUCUGGGCUUCACCCACUUCCUUAUGGUCCUGAUCCGUGCCCUGUUCAGACAUUACUCUACCAG